ACAGUUUUAACAUGUUCAACCAUUAGUAUAUCUUCGUAAACCAUUAGUAAAUCUUAGUAGAGCAUGAGCAAAUCUUAGUAAAGCAUUAGUCAGUCUUGCAUUUUUUUACGCUAACCAUACGCACUGACAGUGUUGUCAGUUGAACAGGACAUGCUUAGCCGAACACGUGCUGCCCUCACUGUUAGUAGGCGAUGAUUAGAGAGCGAAUGAGUGAGUUAGGUUUAACGCGUGUCUUGGUGUGGGAGGAAAGUGAUGCAGCUCUCAGAUGUUUAGCAUUUGGUGAAACUGAAGAGCACGGGUAUGGUGCUGACAAAAACCUAGAAACAUAAUCGGGGCGAACUGGUAUUCGAAACCACAAUCAUAGGUUUAUGUUAUGCCCACGGGACUUCGCUCAGUACAGCGAAUUGCGAAUUAUCCAUAAGCCAAUCUUGUCUGUAUUGACAGUAGGCAUCCUCCGUGGUCUAGUGGAUGGAGCGUCCGGUGGGAGAUCGGAAGCUAUUUGAACAGCAGACAUGAAGUUCGCCGUAUUUCUCCUUGUCUUGGCAUGUGUUUGCGCUGUCGCCCUAAGCGCUCCUCGUAAAAGAAGGUGCAGACGCAAAGGUGAGAACGGCAACGGCAAUGGCAACGGUGAGAACGGCAACGGCAAUGGCAACGGUGAGAACGGCAAUGGCAAUGGCAACGGUGAGAACGGCAAUGGCAACGGUGAGAACGGCAAUGGAGAAUGUGACGAAGGGAACAAUGAUGACAAAUAUGACGACUCGAACGACAGCGGUAACGGCAAUGGCAACGGUGAAGCAGUUUCCCAGCGAGCGUAAUCAUGAAUUAAUGUCCUGCAAUCUUGAAUAAAUACUUUUCCCUAUCUUUCAA